UGCAUACAGCGCCAGCUGAUGUGAAACAAAACAACAUAACAUUAGUUUUUUAAACAAAAUGCUGCUUAAAUCUUUAAAAGGAUUGAGGAAUCUGCCCAACAGCGUUCGGCAUGUGGCCUCAGCCACUAAAAGCUAUUCGGCGGUAGCUUAUGAUCCAGCUCAUACAAAAGAUGUUGCCGCAGUGGAGCCAAAAUCCAGAUUAAAAAUGAAGGGUUGGCAAAUUCAUAGUUACGGAGACAUUGAAGAACUUCAGCUUUCCCAUAAACUUAAAAUGCCACAGAUAAAACAGGCAGAUCAGUGUUUGGUAAAGGUUUUAAGCACUACAGUCAAUCCCAUCGAUGUUGCUAUGCUUGGUGGCUAUGGAGCAACUUUGUUGAGUGUUAUGCGUUGUCAAAGCGACUCCAUAGAAUUUCCCUUAACUUUAGGGCGAGAGUUCUGUGGUGUUCUAGUGCAGAAGGGUAUGAAUGUAAACAGUUCCAAAUUACCUUUGGGCCAACGAGUAUGGGGAGUAGUGCCAGUGCAAUCCCCGCAAGGAUCGCAUGCCGAAUAUGUAACAGUACCCCAAUAUUGUUUAACUGCUGCCCCGGUAAAUCUUAAUGACGAAGAAGCGGCUUCUGUUUUGUAUGCCGGACUAACAGCCUGGUCUGGUCUAUAUAUCACAGCAAAUGUGGGUGGCCUUUGUGGCACUAUUUCUUCAACUGGUGGUCACGGCGGCUCCAAUAAACGUGUUUUGGUAUUAGGUGGUUCUGGUAGCGUUGGCUCAUUGGCCCUACAAAUGCUAAAAGCUCAAGGCUUUCAACUUGUGGCAACAUGUAGUGAAGAUGCACGAGAGUUGGUACAAAAUCAAGGAGCCGAUGUUGUUGUUGACUACAAAAAUCCUGUAGAAAUGGAAACGUUGCGUUCAUAUGCCCCCUAUGAUGUAGUGCUCGAUUGUAGUGGCCAGGGGCCUAAGGGUGCCGAACUUUUGAAUUUCAAAUAUCAACAGUAUGUAACAUUUUCAUCGCCGGUUCUUAAAAACAUUGACAGUUCAGGUAUGUUUUUGGGACUAUUGAAAAAUGUUGGCAAUCUUCUAGAGACAAAUGUCAAAUCGUUUACCGAACAAAAGGGUUCCGUUAAGUGGGGAUUCUUCACUCCGGCGCCUCAAGGCAUAGAAUUUUUAAAGCAAUUAGUGGAACGACGAAAGAUGCUUCCUCUAAUUGAGUCCACUUUUAAGUUCGAACAAAUGCCAGAGGCUUUUCAAAAAGUUAAAAAUGGGCAUUUACGUGGCAAAGUGGUGGUUAAUAUGCAAUAGAUAAUACGCAGGAUUUUUUUUUGGCAGUUGUUAUAUUAUUUAUUAAACUAGUGUGAUAUAUGUAUCGAUAAAAUCAAUAAAAGUGGGUGGUUGGUUUGUUGUCCACUAUCUUUAAAAGAAAUAAUUAAAA